ACCUCUUUCUUUCUUUCUUUCUUUCCUUCCUUCCUUCCUUCCUUCACCUUUUCAACGUUACAAUAAAACAAACGUACGUUAUGGCUGACAUUGCAAAACAACCUGCCGUGGCUGCUGCUACUGGUGCCGUCGCUACUGACGCUGCAAACACGGUGACAAAUACGCCUGCUGCUCCUGCUGCUGCGCCCAACAGUAGCUCCAACAGCAACAGCAACAACAACGACACCACAACACCUAAGGAUACCAAGGAACAACCUCAAGUAGUUCCUCAAACCUUUCCACCCUUGCCACUCGUUACUCCUCAGACCGUGCGCAAGUUUGAUGACGACCCAACGUUGUACAUCAAGGGAUGGAUUCUGUCACUGCUAUACUGGGAAAAGCCAUACCGUAGCGGCGCGUUUUUCAGUGUCCUGAUGAGCGUCUUGGUCCUCACGCAAUACUAUUCGCUGUUGCAACUCACAGCAGCCUUCUUCACGAUUGUCACGGGCCUCAACUGGGUCUAUGUCAACACGCACAAGCAAGGGCAGCGUGUAUUUGGCGGCAAGCCAAGCGAGUCGUUGAGCAACCCACACCAGGCCCGUCUGACGUCCAAGGACACGUAUAUCCCCAAGCAAAAAGUACUGCGCACCGGCGAGCUAACGGUCGAUGUUGUCGAGGCGGUUGUACAGGAACUGACAAAACUGGUGCUCAUUCAAGAUUCCAUGCGAUCGGCCUGGGCUGUCGGUAUCGCCUACUCGGUGUGGACCUUGGCCACCUACAUCUCUACCAAAUACCUGGUCGGCCUUUUCAUUGUCGGUGCCUUUUCGCUCCCCAAGCUCUAUCAACAGAACCAGCAGGUCAUUGACAAGCAGGUUGCGCAUUAUACCCAUCAUGGCAAGCAGUUGUUCAAGCAGUACUCGUCUCAGGCGUCGGUCAAGGCCAAGGAAAUCUAUGGUCAGGCGAUGGCGACGGUCACCAAAAAGUCAAAGAAGGCGGAAUAAAGUUUUCUUUUCUUAGUGCUGGGGUUUGUUUUCCUCCUCCCCCCCUUCUUCUCUUGUAUAGUGGCCCCCACCCUUCCUAUUGAAAACUAAAAAUUGUAUAAAAAAAAGCCAUUUAUCUUCUGUGGUCUCGGAUUAUUUUCUUUCUUCCCUUUGUCAACUUUACAGCGCACAUAUCCUUGAGGAAAUCGAAGAAUAAAAAAAGCCAACACAAAUGCCAUUCAAAA